AGCUUCGUCCGAAACGAAGCGCCUCCGUAGCGCUCUCUUCCUUCUUCUCUUAUGAGACCGUGCCGCCGGGGACGACGCUUCGUCGAACCGUUCGUUCUUCGAUCGGUUCACCAGGUUUGACCUCGAGACUCUUUCUCCUCCGCUUCCUCUUCUGCUGCUUCCUCGGUGCUUCUUCUCCCCGGUUCCUCUCGUUCAGCCGAUUCGAACGGUGCCGCGAUCGGUGCGGGCGCCGUAGUCCAGGUGCUGGUGUUAUAGUGUUGGUGGUGGUGCCGGUGCCGAUGCCGAUGGUGAUCCCUUAGUGUCGUCGAUGGUGGUGGUGACGGUGGUUGAUAGUGGUUGGUGAGCCCGGCCGGAGGAAGAGAUCCGCUCCCAGGAUCCUUUCGCUUUCGCUCUCGCCCAGGGAGGGGAGUCUUCUCUCGUUGCAUCAUGGCGUCCUACAGGAGCUACGGUGACAGCGGUGCUUACCGAUCCAGAACCGGCAUCGCUUCCAGUACUUUCGGCAGAACCACCUCCGCGGCGAGCAAUCUGCCCAGCUGCAGAACCAGCUACUCCUCGAUUGGCUCCAGUCGGGUGCCCGCUAAGGACAGGGUCUCGAGUUUCGGGAAUGCGUUCUUGAAGAAGGACAAGGCCGACGAGAAACCGUUUAAGUAUUCCGCUACCAAAGAAUCCGAUAAAAGCAGACUGCACCCGGGCAGAUCAUCGUCGGAGGACGUAAGAGCGAAAAGUCCAUUAUCCAGCAGCAGAUCAUCCCUGUUCGAGAAGUACUCGUUCCCAGCUGCGAAAACUUCAGACAGGCCGGCCUCCGUCUUGGACAGAUAUAACCGCGCCACUUCACGCGAGAAGAGCAGAGAGCCUGACGGAGUAUCCCGAUACGGAUCCAGCACGUAUCCUGGCUCCGGUUUGGUGCGCAGCUAUGGAAACGAAUGCAGAAUCGAGAAGAAAGAACGGACCGAUCAUCCGCCGGUUUCCUAUCGGGGAUUACGUCCGAACUCCGGUAGGAGUUCGCGCGAGCCCAGCCCGGAAGUCAGCGUCGGCAAGUCGAACUCCUUUAGGGUUUAUUCGAGAGCGUCUUCCUACGGUCGAUCCGCCGCGAAUUCAAGUGCUUCCGAAUCGAGCUCGGCGCCAAUCUCCUCGAGAUUCGGCUCGUCAGCUAGUUCCCGGUUCCUCUCGCCUCGAAGCAGCAACGACCGAAUUCCCUCAGCCAUAAGCUACUCCGGAUCGGACAGGUUCCGAACUUCAGGUAGUAAGCCUAUGCCGGCGAGCUCGAAGAACGAGGACAGCGCGAAGACCAGUUCGGAUAAAGAUUCGAGUCAGGAGCCGUUCGCGAAGCCCGAGGGGCUCGAAGGAGACAGCAGACUUCAGGACAACGACACCUUGACAUUGACCAUGGUGACGAGAGGCACGUCGCCCAGCCCUCCAGCCUCCUCGUCGUACGUGAGAAGCAGGAGAGCGGAUGUGGGGAUCGCCCAUCAGAAGGAAGUGACGCGGGUCCGCAGAAGACCGGAAACGAAGGAUCAGGAGGUCCAAUGCGACCGAACGGACGACGGUUCGAGGUUCUCGCGAUUCGGAGGACGUAUCUCCGAGUCUCCUUGGUCGUCGUACUUGGACAAGUUCUCGACGUCGAACUCCGGCGGAACCGGAGUGUACGGCAGAAGCUACAACAGUUCCGGCGGAGCGGCGAACUCAAGGGUGAACAGCUUCGCGUUCAGCAGGUCGAACGACAACGGGAUCGCGUCGAGGAGCGAUUCCGCGUCGAAGGUGUCGCCCGCAUCUAGUCAAGAAAUUCAAGCCAGUAGGAACCAAAAUGAGCAGAGCGCCAAAGUUUUCGGUAGUUUAAGUUUCCCGAGGGCCGGCCAGGACGCCCCCUCCGCGAAAGCCGAUUCUUCGAAGACGUCGACGAGCCCCGGUCAGGGGAGCCCGAGCAAGGAUCAAACGAACGCGAAGCUGCAAAGCGGAGAUUCCCGUGCCGCUGCGAAGACGGAAGCGAGAAACGAUCGGUUUUCCAAUUCAAAGAGCUUCAACAACGACUCCUUGGUUAGCCUAAAGAGGGAGGCCACGCCGAAGCAGUCGACCAUUGUCGCGAAGUCGUCGGACUCCCGCGAAAGUAUUUCCAGGGGCGAGGACCCGCAGAGCAGCAGAGAAAGUUCCCUGUCCAAGAGCGAGGGCAAUCAAAGAAGGCCGUCCAUUCCGAGAUUAGGACGCGGUCCGAUGAAGAAUGAAGCCAAGAUCAUGAAAUCUUCGUCCGGGUCGUCCACCAAGUCGGAUGGACUUCGAGAAAGGAGAGGUUCGACACCAAAAUCCGACGGCAGCACGUUCUCCAGAGCCGAGGAAUCCUCAAGAAUAGUUGAAGGAUAUUGCCAGGAACAAAGCGAAGAUAUUGCUUCUUCGAAGCGUGAUAAUGCUUCCGCCGGGAAAGAGUCUCUUCAAAGCGCGACUCUUGUAAGCCGAUCCUCGACAUCACAAUCGCGGAGCAGCUCGUCGAGGAAUCUUCCGCGUCAGAUGACGCGAGCGGACUCGUCAGACGGGUCCGCUGUAAAUGUGCCAAUUGGCAGAUCGAAAUCAUCGUCAGCCAGUUCGAUGACGAGUCAAGGUUCAAAAAUAAAGGCGACACCGUCGCCAUCGCCGUCGCCGGGCAAGUCAUCGGGCGGUUCGGCCGCGUCCUCAGUGAAUCUGAGGCAAGGCGGUUCACCGGACGCUCGCGGCAAACCACCUGUGCCGAAACCGGACGCGACAGCUUCGACCGCGUCGAAGUGCCUGGUGCCGGUCAAGUACGUCAACAAAGAUUUCCGGAAGUCGACCCUGAACAUGGAGAACGGGGAUCCGUCUCAGUCGAAGCUGACCAGGAAGAAGAAGAGCCAGAGAAGUAUGUCCGCCAGCUCUCAAGAUUCGCAGUCCGAACCGAACUCCGAACCGCUUCAUCAGGCCGUCCCGUCGGAAUCCUCGGGCUCCCUGAAGACGAGCGCGUCGCGAUUGAGAAUGCCGUCCAGCGGGUCGAAGGCGUCGACCAACAGAAGCGGCACGAGCAGCUCCUCGAGGCCCGAAAAUCUCAGGAGCAGCUCGAGAUCGCCGGCUGGGAACAGAGAGAAAGAGGAUGGGAGCUCGAGUUCCAGCGCCAACAGCGAGUCGAACUCGUCGAACUCGUCGAGCAGCGAGGACGACGACGAGAAAGAAACGAGACCCGGCUCGAGACGUCGACGAAGGCGAACAUCCGAGUCGCCUUUUCGCGAUAAGAAGGGCAAGACCAGCGCCGGCUCGUCCAGAACGAGCGUGGUCGCAUCCUCGGCCGACGAGACGUCCCUGACCAUGGACAAGCCACCCAGACCACCGUCGAGUCCGAGAUCGAAGAGCGAUCGCUCGGGAAAAACGGAGGAGGCUAAGUCGUUCUUAAUGAGAGCUCUCGCGCCGGUCACUAAUCUUUUUAAGAACAAACAGGACUCCGGGGAGUCUGGUAAAUCGGGUGGUUGGCUGGACUCCAACGAGGAUAACUCGGAUGUCAGGAAGUCGGAGCACAAUGCGGCGUCGUUGCCGAGGAGCCUCUCGAAGAGCGGCAGUUUCACUGGCUCGGAGAAAGGCGACGACAGAAGGCAGGCUCGACAGAAGAUCAGGCGCGAUUAUUCCGGGGAACAGCCUUGGUGGAUGGAUCCGAACUCCGACAACGUUCCUGAGGGUGUCGAAACCAGAAGCGUGUGUAACGACGAUAUUAGUCAAGAAACGACCGUCAGCGGUACCCUACCUGACGAUGGUAAAUUCAAAUACAGGCUAUGGAGGCAAGAUUCGGAAGAACGAGGCUGGUGGUUAGACUCGAACGACAGCGUGGCGUCGGAGGACGCGAAGAAAUACUCGUCGGCGACUUCGAGGCAAGAGUCGGGGGAAAAAACUUGGUGGUUGGAUUCGAACGACAGCACCAGGUCGGACGAGACGAAGAAACAGUGUUCGUCGAUAGUUUCGCGGCCCGACUCCGGCGACAGAGCACGAUGGCUAGACGGGAACGAGAGCGUUCCCUCGGAGGAGCCAAGGAAAUCCUCGAGCUCGUCGGCGUGGCGACAGGAGUCGGGGGAGAGGGCGUGGUGGUUCGAUGCGAACGACAACAUCUCGUCGGAGGAGCCGAGGAAACAAUCUUCCUCGACUUGCUCGGUCUCGAGACGGGGAUCGAGCAGAUGCAGCACACGAUCCAGCGAAAGGCGGAAUCGUAUCAAGCAUCAGCAAUCCGGGGAACGAGCCUGGUGGAUGAGCGACGAUCCCGAGAACGUACCCGAAGGGAUCGAAGUGAUUCCUGUAACAACAACCGGCAGCCCUCGCGUCUCGAGCCAGAACGACGAGGUCGACACCAGCCACUCGUACAGGAGCAGCAUAAAUAAAAUCAGGCACAUCGAGUCCGGCGAGAAGGCAUGGUGGAUGGACAGCUCCUCGAACGUUCCUGAAGGCGUCGUCAAGAUUCCCGUGGAAACUUCUAAUAGCACUUCGGACUCGUCCGAGUCGCUCGAGAGAAUCGAUAUCGGCGUUCACCCUGAACCCGAGAUAUACACGAAGAGAAGCCUCUCUAGAUUCCCUAUCGAGUUUCCACCGCCGCCGCCGCCCGACGAGCCACUUGGGGAUCGCGCCAGUCCUGAAGGGGUAGAAAAUCCGCCAGAUCCGCCGGACAAUUACGGCGGCAGGGACUCUCCUUACGACAAUGUGCAGCCGACACCCCGAAGAUCGUCGCCAAGGAAACGACCCUCCACAUUACCACUGUUCAUCGGCGAGCACACGAACAUCGACGACCUGCUGGGCGACACGGGCACGCUGUGUCCCAGCCCGGUCUUGUCCCUUAUCCGUAAGCGCGAACGCGAACGUGAACGCGAACGCAUCGAGGAGGACUCUUCCGAAAGCUCCGAGUGCGAGGAAAUCGACGCCACCCAAGUAAUCAUUCACGACAGCACUCCCCAGACGCCGGUGAUCCAGCGACGGCAUCGGGACAACGAGAGGCCUCAACCCGACGGCUACAUUCCGCUCGACGACACAGCGCUGCAGUUGUACAAGGACGGCGACUAUGGCGCUUACCUGGACCUCGAAGCCUCGAUCAGCGAGCAGCAGGAGGAGUUCGAGGGCUUCCAGACAAACCGAAAGAAUUCGAUCGUUCUCAGGACACAGCUGUCCGUGAGGGUGCACACCAUCAUAGAAAAACUGUUGAACAGCGAGGGCCGCGAGCUGCGACGGGCCCUCUUCUCCCUGAAGCAGAUCUUUCAGGAGGACAAGGACCUGGUGCACGAGUUUGUGCAAAAUGACGGGCUUGCCUGCCUCAUCAAGGUUGGCAGCGAGGCCGACCAAAAUUAUCAAAAUUACAUACUACGAGCCCUCGGUCAGGUGAUGCUUUAUGUGGAUGGAAUGAACGGAGUGAUGGAACAUGGUCAGACGGUCCAGUGGUUGUACACGUUGAUAGCCAGCCGUUUCCGGCUUGUCGUGAAGACUGCCCUGAAGCUGUUGCUGGUGUUCGUCGAGUACGUCGAGACGAACAGCCUUCUGCUGGUGAGAGCGGUGCGAUCCGUGGACACGUCCAGAGGCAUGAUACCCUGGACGAACGUGAUGAAGCUGCUGAAGGACUACGACGCCGCGGACACGGAGUUGCUGAUCUAUGCCACGACCUUGGUCAAUAAGUGCCUGAACGGCAUACCGGACCAGGACACUUAUUACGAUCAGGUGGAUUGCUUGGAGGAGCAGGGGAUCGAGGGCAUCAUACAAAGGUACAUGUCCAAGCAGGGCACCGACCUCGACCUGCUCAGGCAGUUCCAGAUCUACGAGGCGGUGCUGCAUCACGAGGAUGGCAACGAUAGGGGAUCGCCUAUUCGACAGCUCGACGACAAUAUCAGGAAGACACUACGGAACCGGAAGUCGCUGGUGGACUCGCACGAGCGCCGAAAGUCCCGCAGACACUCGACGGGCACAUCCCCGCUGUCCAUGUCAUUGAACGCUCGUCUGAGUCCUCGGCUGAACCACCCCCUGGGCCUGAACUCGUUGAACAACACGCUGAACUCGAGUCUGCCGGACGACGACGACGAGUCGAGCAGUUCCCAGAGCUCUCAGGGUCACCUCGGCGAGGUUCAGCUGAACGGCAGUUACAAGGAGAACAAAGUGGACGUCGGCGUGACACCGGCGCUGAGACGCCGACGGGAACGAGCCCAGAGACAGAGGAGCUUUAUCAGGGAGCAACAAGAGGCUACGGCGAAUAUGCGAGCGUCCGUGGGUCAUUCGGACGAUCAGGAAAGUCCUUUCCCGACAAACGGACUGCGUUACACGAACGGCACGUCGUACGACCGGAACGCGGACUCGCCCUCGAAUAAGUUGUCCAGGACGAACAGCAGGAAGGACUUGACGCCCCUGAUGAAUGCCGCGAACAAGCUCGACUCCGAAGAGAAGAAACCGUGGUACGGGAAGAGCCCGGACGAGGGUGUCGAGUGCGACGAGGGCAAUCACACCGACGAGGAUGAGGAUCGUCGAGUGGUUUUACAGCUGAAGAGGGAAGGAACCGUCAAGGAUCUCACACAAAAGCUGGCGGCUCAAAAUCUUAUACCCAGCAGUCCGGUCGAGGAGAAGGUCUCCAGGAUAGGGGACAUGAGCGGUCUGAUCUCGAAGGCGAAGGAGGGCCUGGCGAAGUCGAAGUCGAAGGCGGACGUGUUGAAGUCGCCGACCAGCGACAACUUGCCGAAGUUGCAGGAGACAAAGAAGUCGGAGAACGAGCUUCACUGGGAGGAGCUGGUGAAGAAGUUGAAGAGACCGUUGGCGCUCUGCGACCUCGACUUCACCGAUCUGAACACCGACGACGAGGUCGACGUUCUCGGCCCGGUGAACGUGACCAACGGAGUGCCGCCACCCCCGCCUCCCAUGGUGCCGCAGUCGGUUCUCGGUGGCUCUCGGGCCCCGCCGCCGCCGCCAUUGGGGGCGAGACUACCUCCGCCUCUGCCACAGCCGCCGCCGCCUCUCUUCGGCGUGAAUUUCAAGUCGCCGAGGUCGCCGGCCGCGAACGACGCCGGCAACACGCCAAAGAGUCCGCCGCCGACCUUCACCAAGAAGAGCAAGAAGACGGUGAAGCUGUUCUGGAAGGAGGUCAGGGAUGACCCCAUCAUACUGUCCAGGCUCGACAAAAACAAGAUGGUGUGGGACGAACUGUCCCCGGUGCCUGUCGACACGCAGAAGCUCGAGCACCUGUUCGAGAGCCGCGCCAAGGAUCUCAUCACGAAGAAGCAGCAAGAGAUGAACAAGAACAAAGAGAUCAUCGUGUUGGACCACAAGCGAUCGAACGCCAUCAAUAUCGGGAUGACCAAGCUGCCACCGCCGAGAUCGAUUAAGACUGCCAUCUUGAAAAUGGACGCCACUAUCAUGAACCGUGAGGGUAUCGAGAAACUAUUGACGAUGCUGCCAACCGAGGAGGAGAGGUCCAGGAUACAAGAGGCGCAGGCCGCCAAUCCUGACCUACCUUUGGGAUCGGCCGAGCAGUUUCUUCUAACUUUGGCCUCCAUCUCGGAGUUGCCCGCCCGACUGAAACUUUGGGCGUUCAAGUUGGACUUCGAGAAUUCGGAGAAGGAAAUUGCGGAACCUCUGAUGGAUCUGAAGCAGGGAAUGGAGACCCUCCGAGUGAAUAAAACGUUCCGCGGGAUUCUGAGCACGCUCCUUUCGAUCGGGAUAUUCCUCAACGGAAAUGAGGUGAAGGGCUUUCAGCUGGAAUACCUCGCCAAAGUACCUGAAGUGAAGGAUACGGUUCACAAGCACUCGCUGCUUCAUCACCUUUGCCACAUGGUGAUGGAGAAGUUUCCGGAUUCUACGGAUCUCUAUUCGGAGAUCGGAGCCGUGACGAGAGCCUCGAAGAUCGACUUCGACGAGCUGGCGUCGAACAUCGGCAAACUGGAGAGCGAGUGCAAGGCAUCCUGGGACCACCUGAAGCUGAUCGCGAAACACGACGGCUCCACCAUGAUGAAAGUCAAAAUGUCGGACUUCCUGGCGGACUGCGCGGAGAGGAUAAUCGUGCUGGGUAUCGUGCACAGGCGGAUCAUAAAUCGAUUCCAUAAAUUCAUCCUCUGGCUGGGCACCCCGUUGCACAGGGUGCAGGACACCAAGCCGAACGAGUUCUGCCGUAUCGUGUCCGAAUUCGCGUUGGAGUACAGAACCACCCGUGAACGGGUGAUACAGCAGCUCGAGAAAAAAGCCAAUCACCGUGAAAGAAAUAAGACCAGGGGGAAGAUGAUCACAGAGGUUGGCAAGUUCAGGACGAAAGAGGAUCGCGCGGACGCGGAGCUCAGGCAACUGCUCGGAAGCGAUAUCUCCGACGUCGAGAGUAUUCACGGUACCUUACCUUGGAGGAGACAGAGGAAAGAUGGACGCACAUCAUUGGGCCCGCUGCUCCGGGACGAGAACACCAAUGGAAACCUAACGGAUGGCGACGACGAGCUGCUUGAAUCGUUGGUGAAGACCGCGACGAAGACGCCGGCGACGAGGACGACGCCCAGGGAGCGCAAGAGGACCAGACACGCCGAUCGUAAGUCUUUGCGUAGAACGCUGAAGAACGGCCUCUCAGAAGAGGAGAAGAAGCACAUUGCCGCCUACAUCAAGGGCUACUGACUGUGAUAAAACUCGAAACCUGUGACUCGUCCACGAGAAGAGAGCAAAUUGGUAGCACGAUCAUCGAACCUUUGAUGACAAGGCCAGGAUAACGCGAUCCCACGGAAACGAACGAACGUAUCGCGACCACCGGGGAAUCGCGGAGAUUACGCCAAGGUUAUGCGUUAAGUAUAGUAUGUUUAACAAACCCGUUGCCGAAGACGAAGAUCCGAGGCUUUCGAUUCUAUUUUUCGAUCUUGUCGCGCUCUGUCGUUCGUUCUUCUCACCUCACGAAUGAAAGCUAGAACCGUGUGAAAUCUAGCAAGAGAACGUGCGUAAACGCAUUUCGGAUUCUAAACUAGUUUUUAACAGAUAGAAAAAGCAGCUUGUGGUGUGCCAAUAGGUCACUCGUUAUUGUUUUUGCUGGAACGGUGAAGCUGAUUAAUUAAAAUAUUUUUGUGACUGCCUAUUUUUGAAGUUGACGGGGUACCAAAAAUCUGUAGUAUUCGAUAGGAUCGAAUCUUUUUAUCAGAACUUUUAUGGAUCAACGGUAUUAUCGAAAAUAUAUGGAACACAAAAUUCCAUACGAUUUAAGACAGUUCUAUUUUUAAAAUCGCUUUUAAUCCCAGUUUUGUCAAGCCUGUCUACUAAAAUGGAAACCCGCAUGAAAUCUGCGGUAAUAAAUAUGAAAAUAAAGUGAGCGUAAAUGAGUAUAAA